AUGGGCCCCACAACCCGCGCCCACUUCGUCUACAAUCGCCGCCGCCGCCGCCGCCGAGGCGGGAAGCACGCUGUCGAGGAGGCUUCUGACGAGGAGGAGCAGCGGGUGGAUAGCUCCUCCUCAUCCUCCGACGAAGAAGGAGAUGAGGAAGAAGAUGCCGAAGCGUCCGGAGAGGACGUCGAUGACGAGGAGGAAGAGGAGGCGGUCACUGUCGAGCCUGCGGUCAAGCAGUCAUCCGCAGCUGCGGCGGCGGGGGAGAAGAGGGGCGGAAGGAAGGGCCCGAUCAGCAUCAGCCUCGAGAAAGUGUGCAAGGUUAAGCCUAAGUUUCUGAUACCCAACCAACUAGAGUGUGGAAACAUAAAAUUUCAUCAGAGGCGUGUGACAUGCUUGGAGUUUCAUCCAACUAAGAACAAUGUUCUUUUAUCAGGAGACAAGAAAGGGCUUCUGGGUAUCUGGGAUUAUGUUAAGUUGCAUGAGAAGAUUACAUAUGAUUCUGUGCACUCCUGCAUUCUGAAUAGCAUGAAGAUUGAUACCACCAAUGAUGGGAUGGUAUAUACAGCUUCCUCUGAUGGUACUAUCAGUUUUACCGAUUUGGACACUGGCAUUGGCUUCCCCUUGUUAAAUCUCAACCCGAAUGGUUGGAAUGGUCCAAGCUCUUGGCACAUGAUAUACGGGAUGGACUUGAACACUGACAAAGGUCUUCUUUUGGUGGCAGAUAACUUUGGUUUUCUUUACUUCCUGGAUAGACGGUCAAAGACAAGAAUUGGACAUCCAAUUCUUAUCCAUAAAAAGGGUAGUAAGGUAACCAGCCUACAUUGCAACCCUGCACGACCUGAAGUUCUUCUAAGCAGCGGAAAUGAUCACUAUGCCCGUAUUUGGGAUACAAGGAAGCUUGAAGCCAACUCUCCCCUUGCCGGCCUUGCUCAUGGACGGGUUGUUAAUUCAGGAUACUUUUCUCCACAAAGCGGAAAUAAGAUCUUGACAACUUGUCAGGACAACCGAAUUCGUGUAUGGGACUAUAUUCUUGGUGAUCUGCAAUCCCCAAGUAGAGAAAUUGUGCACAGUCAUGAUUUCAAUCGUCAUCUGACUCCCUUCAAAGCUGAGUGGGAUCCAAAGGAUUACACUGAAACAGUUGCAGUUAUUGGCCGUUACAUAAGUGAGAACUACAAUGGUGUUGCUCUGCAUCCAAUUGAUUUCAUAGAUACCAGUUCCGGGAAGCUUCUGGCUGAGGUGAUGGACCCUGACAUAACAACCAUCAGCCCAGUGAACAAGCUACAUCCGCAAGAUGACAUCCUAGCUACAGCCUACAGGAAGCUCAAGGUGGCCCUUGCAGGUCUAUUUUCAUUUGGAAACCAAAAACUGAAGAUGAACUUGCUGAAGAAAGGGCCAAACAGAAAGACCAAGGAACACGUCUAUGGAUCAAGUUCCCGGAAGAAAGCAAAUGGCAAGCAUGGCAAUAGUAGUGAUGACGACUCAGAUGGCGAUUCUGGCGGAAAGAACAGGAAAGCAAAGAAGACUCGCUUCACUCAUGCAGUAAAGGGAAAGGGCAAAUCCAAAGUCUGA